AUGAGGUCCCUGUCAAUGUCCCUGAUCGCCGCCCUCUUGCUAGCUUUGCUGAGUAGUACUUCGGUCCAAGCGUUCUCGGUGUCGCCCAACGUCGGAAACAACAUCAAGAGCGCUACUACUACGACGACUACCCUCUUUGGGAAAAAGGCCGCCCGGGCUCAAGGAAAUCAACGAAAGACCAAUACGGAGCGUGUCCGAAAGCCAAAGGAUGAUGUGAUCGAAGUGGAUGGAGUGGUCUUGGAAAGUCUCCCAAAUGCCAUGUUUCGGUGUGCCGUGGAUGGGGCUCCGGAGUCACAAGCUCCUGUUCUCGCAACAAUCAGUGGAAAAAUCCGAAAAAACUACGUCAAAAUCUUGGUGGGGGAUAAAGUCUUGAUCGAACUCAGUCCUUACGAUCUCACGAGAGGUCGCAUAACCUUCCGAUACCGCUAA